UACAUAUACAUAGGUGACGGUCGCGAAAUAUAGUAGCAGCCAUCUUAUAUUUUGUGUCGGAGAAAAACAAUUUGGCCAUACAAAUGUUUCGCGAUUGUCCGUGAAGCCGCUUGAGAACGGGAGGCGUGCGCUCGAUGAGGCGUGACGUUUUUCGACCCUAGCCCGGACCACUACAUUAGCAAAGGUGGAUUGGUACGCAGGAUAUGAGCAGCUUGUCAAGCGCAACCUGACUCUGCUCCCCCAUCAAGAAGCAGCGCAGCAGCAAGAGCUGCAACCGCAACAGCUGGCUCAGCAGCAACAGACUGAUAUAAUGACGUCCAUGUUUGAACAACAAAUCAAAAGUGAACCUAUGGGGUUCUAUUCUGUUGCUUCGAGCCGUUCGGAUGGUUCAAAUUCUAUGGUGAAUCUGUCCGAUGACCGUGAAGAUCUUUCACAACAGGAAGGACAUCUACAACCCCAGCAACAGACGACGCUUCAAUUGAAUCAGCAACAGGGUCAACAACAAUCUCAGCAACAGAAUCAACAACAAACGCAACAGAGUCAACAACAGCAGAGUCAGACUGUGCAACAAGAAGUUACAAGUCGUCAAUCUACAGGACAGCAAACAGUUAAAGAGGGCUCAAGGUCGAAGCCACAGCCCUGUAAGGUAUGCGGCAAGGUGCUAUCUUCCGCUUCAUCGUACUAUGUACAUAUGAAACUUCAUUCGGGCAACAAACCAUAUCAUUGUACAGUAUGCGAAGCAAGUUUUUGCCGGAAACCAUACUUGGAAGUGCACAUGAGGACGCACACGGGGGAACGACCUUUCCAAUGUGAUCUGUGCUUGAAAAGGUUUACGCAAAAGAGCAGCCUUAAUACUCAUAAACGGGUGCACACGGGAGAAAGGCCAUACGCCUGCGACAUUUGUCAAAAACGCUUUGCAGUGAAAAGCUACGUGACGGCGCACCGUUGGAGUCACGUUGCUGAAAAGCCUUUGGUGUGCGAAAGAUGUUCACUCACAUUCACGUCCAAGAGUCAAUUCGCAAUACACAUCCGUACCCACACCGCAAGCACUACGUACGAGUGUAACAUUUGCGGGCGUACGUUCGUGCGCGACAGUUACCUCAUACGGCACCAGAAUCGAGUACAUCGUGAUAUUAAUCAAAGCAGUACGAAUCAUAAUCCGCCUACACCGCAGAGCACCGGCGGUGGCACACCAGGUACAGGCUUCGAGAGUCCAGUUUGUGAUUUACGCUACAGCGAGGGACCUUCUUCGUUGGACGGGUUGGCAGGCUCGAAGGGAGGCAUCGCGGCUGAGAUAGCAAGUUUAGCCAAGCAAAAUAAUCUUCAACUUCCUCUACCACUGCUACAUCCGCAGUCUACCAACUAGUGUUUAGAUGACAACGCGUCCGAGACCCUACCGCAGCAUCAGUCACCGCAGCAAGUAGUAUGUCCCACCUCGGCGUCCUCGCCGUUCACACUUAAUUCACCCGUGUCUCACGAGCACACCACACCGCAGAGUGUCUACCAAACGACAGGUUCGUCUAGUUCCCUGGACAGUCUCAACUCCCAACUAUAUCCACAAAUGUCAUCCCCUGUAGAUUCAUCGGAGUCGCAUCAUCAAUCUCAUCAACUGCAUCGCGGUAUUCCUCCGCCAGGGCUUCACCCUGCACUCUAUCUAUACGCUCAGUACUCGAACACGAGCUCGCCUGUACCAUACCCCGAAUAUGUUCAACGCAACAAUGAAUGAGUCAGUUUAUGCCAGCAAUGACGAUCAUUACCACGAGUGGGAAGGGAGGGUGUAACGAUUCGCGCCACAGACCGUCCCCGGUUCAGACCUCUUCGAUCGCGUGUCAUACUUAAUUGGUGCUGGUUAAACAAAGUGCCUAAAUAGCAUCCGUUUUCUGGAUUACCAAGGAUGCAUUACAAAAUCGUGGAUUAACGAUAUAUUAAAGAAUUUCUACGCACUGCAUCUUAUUUGGACUUAAAAAUGCAAAAUGAAACAGACACGACUGGAUUAUCUGUAAAUGAAUUAUUCUUCUUGCACGUGUUUAUCGUUGAUAUUUCUCAGUCCAUUUAAUGGAUUACUACAUUAGCGAGCUACGUAUUUAAGCGAUUAUUAAGCACCACCGUUUGGAGGGACGCGCACUGCAUACACGCGUAACAGCGAUCGAUCGUUUCCUCGAUCGUUGGGUUUUCCUCGUUUAACAAUCUCUAUCGUGGUAUAUCGAUGUUAGCAUAAACUAACACGCGCGAACCGUUUCUAUACGAGUUUUCCAAGUUUCCGCACUUCUUGAUUUACCUGUUUUUUAAAGACAUCAGCGAGUACAUAUACAUAUAUAUAUCUAUGUGUGUAUAUAUAUUGUGCGCGAACCAUUACACAUACACAUAUUUAUAUUAUAUUUUUAAAGGAGUUUAGUCACUUGGAUCUGUGAUAUAGAUAGUAAUUAUUAUCUACAACAUUUAAACUAUUGGUUUACUAUUUUGGUGAUAUCAAAACGAGGAAAAAAGGAAAAAGAGAAAGAAAGCAAUGUCACCGAGCGAUGUAGCUAUCAGAAUUUAAAUGGACACUGGUCUCUACCAAGAAACGUGUUUGGUAGACACCCUACUAUUACUUUUACAAAACAAACAAAAAAACAGGAACAUUACUAUUACUAAUGCUACUACUAGUACUACCAUUACUACACCGUUAGCACUAUUACUCUUACUAAUAUUAUCACCCUCUCACACCACUACGAUUCCACCACCGCCAACACUACUGACAUUUCUCAAACCUAUACAUAUAUUACUCUCGCUAUUAUUAUUACUACUAUUACUACUACUACUACUACUACCACUACUACUAUUAUUAUCAUUAUUAUUAGAAACACGCGAACGUUACUUCGUUUUUGCAACAUGCACACGGUGUGUAUCAAUAGGAUCUAUAAUCCCAAUUGUCAUAAUUUUUCUUUAGCUUCAAACCAUCUUUUUAGUUUGAUAUUCUUUAUUCUGUCCCUGUCCCGACUCGUUGUUAUUCUAUUCCUUCGAAACUAUUUUUCUCUGCCUUAUCUUUUGCGCGUAUCAAAUCAUACCAAGGUAUGCCGGUAUUUCUUUUUAUCACGUAGAACUAUACUUGUGUACAGCUUUGAAUCAGUUCCAUAGGUGUACUUACUUUUCACAUAUCGAAGUGUAUUGUACACACAAGGUACAUAUUGUACAUAAGUAUACAUAUACAUAUGAGUGUAUUAUAAAACGAGCGGAUGUGCAAAUUGUAAGUUCUAAGUACUAGAAGUGUAAUAGCAGGGCUGUUGAUUUUUCUUUCCUUUUUCGACUAUAUUGUUAGAGAUUAGUUUUGUAGCGAUUACAGUUAUUACUAUUAUUAUGAUGAUUAUGAUAAUCCUUACUAUAUAUUAACGUUCUGGUUAUACUGAAUUAUCAACGGUUCGAACGCUGAUCAUUUUAAUGUUAACGCCACAAAGCUUAGAAGCGGGGGAACCAUGACAGCCGCGAGUCAUAAAACGCGAGAAAGGAAAAGAAAAAGGAAUAUAAUUCGUUAGUUUCCUUCUGAAUUUUCGUGCACGGUCCAGUAUGCGAUGUGUCCGUUUAUUUUGACGAUAACACGAAAAUAGAUGAUCGUGGGUGCGCGCGCGCGUACACGCGCCAAGUGAUUUCGGUGAGAAAAAAGGUACGCUAGUUUCGAGCCGAUCGAAGCAUAUUAAGCGGUUAGAUAAUUAUUGAAACGAGAGAGGAAAAUUACGAAUGAAAAAGCGAAAACACACAAAUGCGUAAAUACGUAAAAACGAAAAUGAAAAGAAACGAAGAUAGUGAGAGGAGGAGGAGGAGAAUAUUCACGCUAGCAUGCCUCGGAAUCUCCUUGUGUAGGACUGUCUCGACGAUCUUUUUAGUCUUCGUGCUGAAUAAAAGGAAGAGCAAAUCUCUGCGCGCGUAUGCCCGAGGCUUUUGAUUUAAACGAGACGCGAAGUCACCGGGCAAGACUGAAUUCACUCGCAAGGAAUUGCGAUCGCAGAAAGAACAAAGAAAGAGAUGAAAAGGAAUGUUCUUCUUUCGUCUUACAUUCUUUUUUGGUUUCGGUUCUAGAUACACGUUCAUAUCGUGUAUACAUACCAUAGUACAUUUGUAUUCGCGUGAGAGAAGAAAAGAGGGGGAGGCGAUGGAACAUAUUUAAUUGUUCUAUGCAAGAAGAAAAGAGAAACCCGCCUUCCUAUGCGUUUCGUUCGGGGAAAACUUAGGUGCAAUGAGAGACGAGAAAUACAGACAGAGAAAAAAAAAAGGAAUGAUCUUCAUGCUGGCUAGUCAUUGUACAGCUCUAUGAGAUAUUGAUCGUACUACUAAAGCUGUGAUUAAUAAAGCCUCCGUGCAUAUGUUCGCGCAGCUCCUAAUUAUUAUAGUGAUACAUAUUUUGUAGCUUGUUACGACAGUAAGAUACAGUAAGUAGCUCGUAGGUAUACCUAGCGAAAGGGAAAAGUUACAGUUCCGAAUUGAUCGGUCGAUUCUUCAUUCCGAUCUCUUUUCUUCCUUUCUCUUCUUCUUUUCUCAGUCCCAUCCACGUUCCUUUCCUUCCUUCUUUCCCCGCUCUGAUCUCUUUCAUCAUUUAUUCCUCCCAUUCAUCCCUAUUAUUCUUCUUUACGUCCUUCUUUUCGAUUUCACGUGGUGCUGGAUGAGCUGGCGCAUCAUCCGUGAAAAUAAAGUGAAAAGUUUGUUGCAAAGUGAUAGAAUAACAAGCAUUGUUGGUCUCAAACACUUCGUAAAUUGUUGUUUUACCACUUUGAGUAACGAGAACAAGUUUAGAAUUGUGCCCUCUAAUUUUUAUCUCCGAUUUUUAGUAUUCUGUGGCAUAUCGUCUCUUGUAAGGAAUGCGAGUACAGAUUUUAUGCGUGAUGCUUACUUUCGUUUUGAUAGGAUUUUCUGUUUUAUAGAAACGAAUGUAAUUAUUUAUACGAGCUUUCAUUUAUUGUUUAGGCAUAAGAAAUUAUUUAAGUAAAAGUAGAAGGUGAAUCAGAGAUUAACCUUUAACAGCAAUAUUGUGCGCAGUUUUUAGAAACAAUAAUUAUUAUUGAUAGAAUUUUAUGAAAAUAUUCGCUCAUUGAUAAUGCAUGCAAAUGAGACAAUAUUUUAAAAUCAUUCAGUUACAUCUGUUCCGUGGAAAACAUGUAAAUAGACGUGUAAAUAAAAAAAAAUUCAAGAUUUUAUUUAGAUCGUUAAUGUAAAUGUAUGACUAAAGUUUAUUUAAUUCUUGUACUUUUGUAGAUAGUUGUGUACGCAUAUGAAUGAUAAUUAAACUGAAUUGAAAUAAAACAAUCGGGGUUUAAUUUAAAAAUCUGAAUCUAUCCUAUACGCGUUCAAAUUUGAUUUUCUGCUAUACACGAUUUCUCACAACACUUUUGCCUAUCUUAUAUUACAUAUUUUUUUUUUUACGUUGUCAUCUCGGUUCUUAAAUCAGUUUCAUUUUAAUAAUUUUAAUUACAUCAUUAAUCUGAAUAAUGAGCGAUUAUUUUCGUAAGUAAUUAAUCAUGAUAAAAAAAUAAUCGUUUCUAAUCCGAUAAACGAUGAAUGAAUAAAUUGUACAGCCAUCGGUGCUUGAGUUGGCACCGCAUUACGCAAACAUUUUUUAUCUGCAUUGAUAGAAAUGUAAACGAGACCCGCUAGAAAGUAACGAUUUUUGCAAGGAGGAAUACGGUACGCGGUAGUAGCAUUGUCCAGCACCGACACCCUCACAAUUCAUGUUUCCUGGAUCAGUUUAACGAUCUCAAUAAUUUUGACCAUCAUUCCACGGACGUGUGUAAUACGCACGCGGAGGAGAGAUAGAUAGAUAGAGUUCUCAUUAUCGUACGUGGCGUAUGUAUCAAAGAUCGGUGUAUUUUUCAUAUGAAGUGAGGAUAGACCUUUUCUCUAAAAGAGUACACGUCGGACCAAUGUAUAAGAAUCUUAAAAAAAGAUGGAAACAAAAACGAAAAAUGAGAAAAAGCAACUAGGAAAAUGUAUCAAAGAAGAAAAAGUAACACGGCCUCACAGAAGGCCGAAGUUCAGAAUUAACUAACUAAUCAAGCGAGCUGUUCGUUUAAACAUUAACAUUAAUUUACUACGUAAUUUAUUACGUAAACGUAGUAGUACUCGUUGCUUUUUUACGAAACGUAAUCGAAUUUGUUCGAUUUGUUUCUAUUCGUGGAAAUUAUUCGUCUUUUCUUUUUCUUUUACUGGUUCGUUCGUUCGCUUCUCUUUCUGAUACACUUCUUCCAUGUUUCACUUCAUUAGCACGCAAGAGGCACGUGGCUGGAAUAAUAAUCCAAUGGGAUCUAUUUUGUUCCAAUAAUGAACUAUGGAUUCGAAUAAUUGUUCCAUUCGAUGAAAAAUUAGCCAUGAACGAAUUUAAUCGAAUCGAAUUCUCUGCAAGUUUGGAAGUUAAGAAAGGAAAGGAAGAGAAAGUCGAAGGUAGCUAUGCGUUCCUUGCGAAAUCUAUUUCUUGAGCUUUUAUACAUAAGUGUAAUUCGUAGAAGUAACGCCUCGUAGACGAUGUUAAGUUACUGAAACGUCAGGAAAUCAAAAUAAGAAAGAAGGAGUAAGAAACAGAACACAUUGCAUAUUGCAAUUAAAGAGCGUCGCGCAUCGUCGAGGGAAAGUAGUCGAUUCCUUCUCAUCAAAAUAAAAUCAUCAACUAAUCUGAAAAUAUUAAUCGUCUAAGUUUUUUGCUUACAGUGUCAAAGCCGCGUUGUACAAAAGAUUACAGUUUCAUCAUUGCUUUCCUUCUUCUUUUAUCCUGUCACGAUUGGCCGUUGCGGCAGCCAAAAAAUCAUUAAUCAAAAAAAGAUAAAGAAAGCAGCGAAGUACCGUGUGUUUGCCAUCACGCGUGACAUUAUUCUUCGCACUGAUUCUUCUAGUAGAAAGAGCAACAUGUCGAUGAAACGUGAACGCGUCACUUGUAUACGAGAAUAAUUUCAAACAGAGACACAAUCGUUGCUCGCGGACGAGGAUUAUUGAGGUGUAACUGUAUAAAGGAAAAUUAUAGGAGAUGAGAAAAUUGAUGAUGGUUUCAAGAACAGCGAUAGUGCAAUGUGAUCGUUUUGUUACAUCGUAUUUUUUACAUGACCGUUUAAAGGAGAAGAUAGUAAUUCUUCACAUUAUAUCUACGUUUAUGUCCACAUACAUACAUAUCUAGUAUGUAUGUAUGUGUAUUUAUUGGGUAAAUAUCUUCAUUUAGUCUACUGUUAGGUUCACGUUUGACGUGUACUAUUUUAUGUAUUAAGUUAUUAUUAUUAUUAUUAUUAUUAUUAUUAUUAUUACUAUUGUUAUAAUUUCGUGAUCGUCUGUGUCAGUAUUAUGUUCCUCAUUCGAAAUCUCAAUGCACGCGAAUCAAUUCGUUUUAUCGAAGCUUAGCCCUUCAUGAUAUAUCACAUAAUGAUGUGCUCGAUUUAUUUAAUUCAUUUUGUUAUAAAAUCGUUUGCUUUUUCACGCUUUCUUGACGACAUUCGUCUGACACGAGAUCUUCUUCGAUAUAUGUUCAAUGUCUGAGAUAUCAUGGCAUGAGAAAUUUAUUACACUGUGACAUUUAUUAAAAAUUGCAAAUGCCCGGAAAGUUUUAAAUGUAAAAUUAUUUAAUGAACAGUAUUAGACAUGUUUUGAUCAUUUUAUGUCGUGUAACAAAUGUUUGGUUUGAAGUUGCAUGUUGAUGGUUUGAGACGGUUAAAUACUCAUCUGAAUGAUUUUCCAUUUGCGAAAGAUACUCAAGUAAGGUAAUUGUAUCGAACGUGAAAGCUUUAACUUAAUGUCAGGUUGAGCUUUCGUUUCAAUUAUUCGUCGUCAAGAAAGAUUAGUUUAAUCGAGAAUUCGAAUGAGCUGAGGAUUCAUUUCGAGUAAUACUCACGAGAGCCGAGUGGGUUUUCCUUUAAUGGGCCGCGUGUUGCACCUGUAAUCGACAGAGAUUUCAUUGGGUUCCGAUGAACGUAAUCAGUCGUAGCGACCGGAGAAACCUUCGUCGAUAUUACGUUACGAUAUUACGCGGAAGUAUCGCUCGAUGGGGCCAGUAAUUCGAGCUGUCCACGGAGGAUAUACCGAUUGAUUCAGGUGCGAAGCGAACGAUUUAUACAUGCUCGAUUCAGGAAAAGAAUGAUCAAACGCAAUUGAAAGCGAUGAUUAAACGCGAUAACUUUUUAAAAAAGGGACAGCGUCAGGUUGCUUCGAUCGCGAAUUACUCGAGUCUCCGUCAUUUAACCCACGUCCGAGUUUGCAAGCAUGUAGCAAAAAAUGCGACGAUAUUACAAUUUUUUAACAAAAAUCAUUUUAAAACAUCUCUUCUUGUCCUAUCAUUCUUUUAUGAUAACAAAAUUCUAGUAUUUUGUUUAAAAUUAUUUGCGUGUAGUAGUAAGUCACGCUGGUUCUGUUCCUGGUAUCUGAAUCGGAAAUAAGAUAUUAUGCGACUUGAAUUUUCCUAGUCACGUCUCUAAACGACAGUAUUAAAUUGAACAAAGAACAACGUUUCGUGUUGUCAACUCAAAGUAUGGUAUACAUAUACAUAUUUCGCUACAUGUUUCACACGACGUCAUUAAUAACUACUUUAAUUCAUCUUUCAUAAUUACAUUGCAAUCGCAUUAACAUCGAUUUAAUUCUAGUCUAAACAGGAAAGAAAAAAAAAAUGAAAACGUAGAACGUUAACAGAACAUGUCGUAGUGUUGGUCAUUUAAAAGAAAAA